ACCCAGACCCAAGCCCCUUGAUUCUUGUAACAAACUUCUUUCUAAAUUGUUGUGAAACAAUGUUCUGUUGCAAAACUUGUGGUUGUAAUAAAUUCCAUGCUAGCAAUGUUGCUGGUACACUCUUGUUAUGACAUUUUUACUUCCACUCUCCCGAUGGGAGUAACUUCCAAUGCUGAAGCGAUGCGAUCCGUCAUACCCUUGACGCAGUUUUUGCAGGUUUUCCCACUGCCUGCGUUUGUCGAUGAUUCUUCGGGUGCUCUUUCUGAUGGUGAUCGAAUCCAGCGUAUGAAGGAUCGGAUCGCGCAACUGGAAAAGGACUUGCGCAAUACCUAUGCCUUGGCUGCCAUUAUCAAGAAGAAGGGCGAGAUUGCAGCCGACGUAGAGCGCUAUGCUCUUACUGAGCUGCAUAAGGCCACCGAAAGUUUGAACUUCAUUGCUCUGAACCGUGCUGAAGAGAACAAGCGGAUUCACGAGCGCGUGAACGCAUUGACCCAGCUGUCAUCAGCCGAGGAGAUUUUCUGGAGGGAGCACUCGAAAGCUUCGGCUGUCGCACAGUUCCAAGAUCGGGUCCAGCAAGUCCACCACUUCUUCGACAAGUUCUACAAAGGCCAAAGAACGCUGUACCCGAAGGUAAUGUUGCCUGUCAAUAUAAUUGUCGACAGGCUUGAAGAGGAGUCGAAGAUACCUGAAGAAAAAGAAACUCCUCAAGAGUAA